GUUUGGAAUAUUUUGCCGUCUCAGUGUAUAAAAGUGUUUUAGGUGUGCAAGUGAACUGAAAUUUACUUUUGUGUUGGAAUUAAAAAUUACAGCGACGAUGAAAAAUGGUGAUCUUCUGCCAACCGAGAUACCCAGCAAUGACCACUGGUGGAAAAAGACCAAGACAUUUUACAAGAAAAUUAUAUGGUGCGUUUUGUGCGUGCUAUGUGCAACAGUGAUAAUUGUCGGUGCAUACUAUGUCAUUUGGAAAGAUCAUUUCUCGCUGUGCGAAAAUUCGAAGUGCGAAAAAAUAUCGGCCGAAAUUAUCGGUUACAUAGACGAAACAAUUCGACCAUGCGAUGACUUUUACCAAUUCGCUUGUGGUGGGUUUCUCAGGAAAGCAGCAACCGAAGAUGUAAGAUCGCUGAAAUCGAUCAAACAGAAUAUGGAGGAAAAAAUACUAAUGGAUAUACGGGAUAUGUUGGAGGAACCAAUAAACGGAGACGAUUUACAGUCUUUCAAUUUGGCUAAAAAAUUUUACAAAGGGUGCACGAAAAGCGGGGCGACGAACGAAGAGGGCCUUCGAAAAAUGGAACUAAUUUUUAAAGAAAUGGGUGGGUGGCCCGCGAUGGAGGGCGACGGCUGGAAUACCAACUGGUUUGGUUGGAUCGCGGCCGUCAGGAAUCUAAGGAACUACGGAGCGAAUUUUAACUUCUUUUUCGACGUCAACGUUGACGUGGACAAACGUAAUUUCGAUAAGUAUAUCCUAGUGAUAAAAGAUAAAUUCCUCGGUUCUUCGUCAAUCAGCCCCAAUAACAAAAACGAUUAUCUAAAAUACAUGGUAGACGUGGCUUCACAGUUUUACAUCAAGUCCAACAACCUCACCAAGGAAAUGGACGACACUCUUAAUUUUAUUUUGAAAUUGGCACGGAUAGCAGAGGAAUCAAGAGGAUACAAUGACACUAAUUCGUACAGCCUUUUCACAAUAUCCGAACUACAGUACGCCAACCCUAGCAUCCCCUGGUUCAAUUUUAUACAGGGCGUAUUGGGAGAAGCCGCUUCGCUUAAUUAUAACGAUCUCGUGGCAGUGUCCAAUCCAUCGUACUUGAGGAAGUUAGAAGGACUAUUACUAAAAACCAAUAACAGAACGUUAGCCAACUUUAUAGCUUGGCAAUCUCUUCACCAUCUGAUCAACUAUCUGCCUUCCGCGAUUCUAAACAAGGCAUACGAUUACAUGGACAAAGUAAAUGGCGUAUUCGACAGACCCGAAAGAUGGCAUGUUUGUGUGCAAGUAACAAGACAAAAGCUUAGCCCACAGAUAAACUUAGGCUAUAUCGAACGAUACUUUGACGACCGCACGCAAAGUCACGUGACGGACCUCAUCAGAAAUAUCAAAUAUCAGUUCAGAAAGAAUAUCUUGGAGAGGAAUUGGCUCGAUAACGAAACGAAGGAGAGACUGCUAUUAACGUUGUUAUCCAGUGCCGAGAAGAUAUUUUCGGUUUAUGAUUUGGAACAAAUAUUUAUGGAAGACAACGCCUAUCGUGACGUCGAAAUAAACGAAAACCAAUUGCUGCAAGCCGCUUUGGAUUUGGACACAGUUUACUGGAACCUACACUACGAUUUGCUGAAUAAAGCGUACAUCGUGGACGACUGGGUUCGAAAACCCGAAUUCAUCACCGGAUUCAACGUCGAGUAUUCACCACCAGAGAAUAUUUUAAGGUUUCCACUCGGACUUUUUAGAAGCAUUUUCUACGACCGGGACAGGCCAGAGUACAUGAAUUACGGCCUGCUGGGCUCAGUAUUGGCACAUCAAAUAUCGCACAUCUUCGUCGACGCGGAAGACGGUAACGCGGAUCAGAGAAAAUUAAUAAAUUGGUGGACCGCAAGUAGUAUACAGAAGUAUUCUGAUAAGCUGGAGUGCCUGUCCGGUCAAUAUCGAAACCUUUAUUUAGACGAAUUGGAAUCCAAUCAGCUUAACACGUUUAAAACGAGGCACGAAGAUAUCGCGGACUUGGCAGGCGCGAAGAUAGCUUACGACGCGUACAGGAAUUUAAACGUUCAAGACCCCGUGCUUCCGAAUCUGAAAUAUACCCCCGCCCAACUGUUUUGGAUAUCUUCCGCCCUGCAAUAUUGCAGCAAAUAUCCCUUGGGCUACUUUAGGAAAAAAUUCUCGGGAAACGAUUACAAGCACUCGCCGAAUCAGUUCAGGGUUAACGGACCGCUUCGAAAUGUAGUACAGUUUUCGGUGGAUUUUGGAUGUGGAACUACGUCGUUUAUGAAUCCGACGGAAAGGUGUUUUAUAUGGUGAUACUCAUAAAUAAAUAAAAAUAAUUUAAAUUUAACGAGAAAUAAAGUAAUCUUGCUUAACUUUUUUUGUGGAUGUAAUACAUUUCAAAUGAGUGGUUCUUGACCUUGACAUUGUUUAAACUUUACUAAAAUAUGAAUUCGACUGUACUUUACUCCAGAAUAGUAUGG